CGCCUGGACUGCAGGUGUCAGUAUAGGCGGCUGGUAUUGCAAACAGUUCCACCACCUCAAAGGCAGCAGCUGUUGAUAAUGAUAGCAAAAGGUGAUGCCAAAGAAAUGAAAUUGACAUUAUUUUCCACGUAUUAUUGUUUUAAUUAGGUCAUUUUAGUGUAACAUCACAGCGCGCGAGAGAUAGCUUUAGCAUUGUUAGCGUUUGGACCAAGCUAACACGAACUAGCUUAGCUUGCGUUGAUUCUAACGUCAUGAACUCACUGGUUGGCUACGGGGUGUCCUCCGACUCUGACAGCGACCCAGAGGAUGUAAACAACACAAACAGCUCUACUCAGAAGGAGCUAGCUGUCACCAAGACCCGAAACUUCUUACUGGAGUCCGGUUCAGCUUCCAGUGACUCAGAAGAAGAGGACCCACAGCUGUCAUCACCACCGGCCAAAACCCUAACACCAGAGCCGGCUCCUUCUGCUGCAUCACAGUCCACCCUUCCAGCUCCUUCUUUGGCUUCUCCUACAUCGAAUAAGCUUCCACCUCCUCCUCUGCACACUAGCAUCGACAGCAGUGUGUUCGCCAACCCCUUCAAGGCCCAGGCGGACCAGAAGCUCAGUGCUCUGCAGAAACAUGUCCCGUUAACAAUAGAGGCUAAACGCUCACAUAUUGGCGGCAAACGUGUGUGUGAGGCUUACAGGAAAAAUGGGAGGUGCAGAUUUGACACGAAAUGCAAGUUUGCUCAUGACAGUGGCCUCCAGACUCCAGUGAUUCCUACUGACAGUCAUUCAUCUGCAAGGGCUGAAGCACGGGGGUCAUCUGAGGCCAGAUCAGGUGCAAUUGGCUCCAAUAGUCAGAGCUCCCAGCAAGAGACAGCAGAAGAGGAGUCAGAAGGUCAGAAAGUGAAGAAGAGGAGAGUGGGACUGAGUAAUUCUUUAAUUCCUCCAAAACGAGCUCUGAAGCAAUAUGCAAUGCAGAAGGACAGAGAACGAAUCAAUAUGUCCUGAAGUAUGUUUUAAUAGCUGCCACCAUUAAGCAAUAGUACAGAAUGUGAGCAGUGUAACUCAGGUGUGCUUUGUCAUUUUUAGUAAAGAGAAAACGUGACUCAAAUCUUGUCAAACUGUGAAUAAAAACACUUUUGCUAAA